GGUUGCUAUAGGACUUCAGCUCAUUACUAGAGAUGUAGCCAAGGUCAAAUUUGUAGCAUAAAGUUAAAUUCCAAUGAUUUCUUAUAUUGAUUUUUUAGUUUUAAAUAUGCAAAAAAAAAACUUAAGGUUUAUAAAGAAAUAAAGCAAUGGUUAGUGAAUCAGGUAUUAAACCAAAUUCAUCCAAUGAGCCAUUAGAAAGAACAGAUGAAAAACAUAAAGCGGAAACACUUAAAGGUGUUCGAGAAAAACGAGGAAAAGCUCCAGAAAUUCAUGUGUUUGAGAGGAAAAAUUGGUUGAUUCAUUUACACUAUAUUCGCAAAGAAUAUGAGUCAUGCAAGGCAUUGAUAAAAGAGGUCUUGUUGGAAUCAGAUACUAUGUGUGAAUAUCCACUAUAUGUUCAAGCAUUAAUACUACGCGAGGAGGGAAAUAUUCAAGAGGCAUUAGAAGUGUUUCAAAUGUGCCAGAAGAUUAAUCAAACAAAUGUUGAAAACUGGAAGCAAGUUGCACGCUGUUUAUUUCUCCUUGGUCGGCAUAAGAUGUCUUUAAGUGUUUACGAGGAAGGUUUAAAGCUUUCACCUAAAGACUGGGAGAUUGUUCAUAACAUGGGUGUUUGCUACUAUUACUUAAAUAAUACUAAAAAAGCCAAGGAGUUGUUUGAUCAAUGUCUACUCUUGGCGCGCCAUGAUAUCACAUACAUAAUGUUAGGAAAAUGUUUUCUGAAGGAAAAUGAUAUCGAUGGAGCAUUACAUGUGUUUCUGAAAGCACAGGAAUUUUCUCCUGAAAGUCCAGAAAUAAUGACUACCCUUGGUUUGUUGUACUUAAAGAUGAAUGAACCUGCUAAGGCAUUUGAUAAAUUUGGCAGUGCUCUUGUACAUGAUCCUUGCAAUGUUGAUGCAGUGCUAGGUAUUGGAGCAAUGAUUCAACAAAAAGAUGAUUUUGACGUUGCUCAAACAAAAUAUAAAAUUGCUGCUACAGAGAUACCUAUGUCUCCAUUCUUGUGGAACAAUAUUGGGAUGUGUUUUUUUGGGAAAAAGAAAUAUGUUGCGGCAGUUAGCUGUUUAAAACGCGCUGCUUACCUUGCUCCGUUUGAAUGGAGUAUUUUGUAUAAUUUAGGAUUAGUUCACUUGACUCUUCAACAAUAUGCAUCUGCCUUUCAUUAUCUAAAAGCAGGUAUUACUAUUCAACCUAAAAAUGGUCUACUCUUUAUGCUUUUAGCAGUUACAUUAACGUAUUUAAAUGCUGCGGAUGAUGCGAAGCAAGCUUAUGAGCAAUCGAUUUUAUAUUCUAAGAAUGAUCCGUUUGUUCAUUUAAAUUAUGCUGUGUUACUAAACAAAAUGGGAGAUCAAAGAACAUCAGCAAAGCAGUUGUCCUUUUUUAAGAAAGUUGCUAGUGAUGUAACUGACCAAGAGUUAUUGGAUACAGCGAAUCAGCUCGCAGCAGUUUUGCAAGUGGGUUCUACAUUUAAAAAGAACAAAGGCGAUUAAGUUGCAUGAUGGGCUCCGUACGAUCAAUGGCAUUAGUAUUUUGUCCCGACCAUGUUUAUGUUUGAUUUAUUUUUUCAGUUGCGUUAAAUAUACAUCUAAUAAACUAUAAUUGUAUAUGAAAGAUAUAUUAAAUUGAUUGUAUAUAUAAUUAUAAAAAGUUAAAUAAAAUCCAUAACUA